AUGGCCAAUUACACAAAUUUAUCGUUUGAUUGUGGUAUCUCAUUAAUAUGGGUAAUAUCACUUACAGAUCGGCUUAAUAUUGCAUUUGUUCAAACGUUAUUAUUAGAUACAGACGAAUGUUUCUCCGACCCGUGCAAGCAUGGCGCUACAUGUGAAGAUCGAGUAAAUGGUUACAAUUGUCUAUGUGCUGCUGGAUAUGAAGGCACCGACUGUGGAAUUGAUAUUGAUGAAUGCUUGUCUAGUCCAUGUCUGAACGGAGGAUCAUGUGAAGAUCUUACCAAUGCCUUCAAGUGUACUUGCGCUUCUGGAUAUGAAGGAUAUAUCUGUGCACAUGAUAUUGACGAAUGCUUAUCUGACCCUUGUAAAAAUGAUGCUACAUGUGAAGAUGAAGUAAACGGUUAUACGUGUACAUGUGUAGAUGGAUAUGAGGGCAUAGACUGUGGAAUUGAUAUAAAUGAAUGCUCCUCACAUCCAUGCCAAAAUGGCGGUACUUGUAAGGAUCUUGUUAAUGCCUACGAAUGUAAAUGUGCAGCUGGAUAUGAGGGUACAACAUGCGCAGAUGAAAAUGACGAAUGUCUGUCCAACCCCUGUUUGAAUCAUGGAUCCUGCGAAGAUAAAGUAAACGGCUACACAUGUUUAUGUGCUGCUGGUUUCUAUGGUGUGCAAUGUGCUACAGAUAUCAAUGAUUGUGCGUCAAAUCCAUGCCUGAACGGCGGCACAUGUACAGAUAAGGUGAAUGGACGAACAUGUACCUGCCUUACAGGAUAUAAUGGUUUAAAUUGUGAACUAGAUAUCGAUGAAUGUGCCUCUGAUCCGUGCAACAAUGGAGGUACCUGCACGGAUCUUGUUAAUGGGUAUACAUGUACUUGCGUUGCUGGGUUUGAUGAUAUGGACUGCAGUGUCGAUAUCGAUGAAUGCUCAUCCAAUCCAUGUCAAAAUGGCGGUGUAUGUACUGAUGGUGUUAACGGAUAUACAUGUACUUGUGCGGCUGGAUAUUAUGGUACUCACUGCGCAUCUGAUAUUGCCGAAUGCACAUCUGAGCCGUGUCAGAAUGGAGGUACAUGUGAAGAUCUUGUCAAUGCUUACACGUGUAAAUGUGCUGCUGGAUAUGACAGUACUGAUUGUGAAAAUGAUAUCGAUGAAUGCUCAUCAAAUCCAUGUCAAAAUGGCGGUGUAUGUACAGAUGGUGUAAAUGGAUAUACAUGUACAUGUGCGGCUGGAUAUAAUGGUACUCACUGCGCAUCUGAUAUUGAUGAAUGCCUAUCAGACCCAUGCCAGAAUGGAGGCACGUGUGAAGACCUUAUUGAUGGUUAUACGUGUAGAUGUGCUGAUGGAUACGACAGUCAAAAUUGUGCAAAUGAUGUCUACGAAUGCUCAUCCAAUCCAUGUCAAAAUGGUGGUACAUGUGAAGAUGGAGUUAACGGUUACACAUGUACUUGUGCGGCUGGAUAUGACGGUACUCACUGCACGACUGAUAUCGAUGAAUGUUCGCCUGACCCAUGCAAGAAUGGCGGCACGUGUGAGGAUCGUGUAAAUGGUUACACGUGCAAAUGCACUGCUGGAUAUGAGGGUACUAACUGCACAAAUGAGAUCAACGAAUGUAAUUCUGGUCCGUGCCGAAAUGGCGGUACCUGUACAGAUACUGUGAAUGGGUACACGUGUAUUUGUACUGCUGGUUAUGAGGGGGUCGACUGCAGUUUUGAAAAAAGUCUGACUACUUCUGAGAAACCAUUGCCAAAGAUUGCACGGACACAAAUCGUUAUGGUGUUUGCAGUCAAUACAAAUAACGUUGAUUUGACAGACAAAACCGUUUAUUAUACUGUUGCUGUUGAGCUGACGACAUUUUUUAAGCGGAACAUGGGAGACAUGUUUAAGGAGAUAAUGAUAUUUGAUAUAAGAUACGGAAGUGUUGUUGUUGAUUUCGAAGUAAGAUAUGAAAACGUUACAACUGCAAAUAGUGAUUUAAUAAAAGCAACUCUGAAUCUCGUCAGUGGCGCUGAAACACUAAAAAUUCUCAACGAGACAGUUUCAGCAAUAUCAAUCAAGACUGACGACGUAACUGUCACAAAUGAAACAUUAGACGACGGGAAAAUUCUUUGUGAAUUGUACAUGACAUUAAAUGGGUUAUGUCAGAAUGCCCAAGAGUGUUCCCUAGUGGAUGGAAACCCUACCUGCAUGUGA